GUGUCGUCGUUUAUUAAACGGUAAGUUACCGAGCUUGGUAAAAUGAUUUCCCAGCGCAAUUGCAUAAUGGUCGUCGGUGUUUCAUUUAUAUUCUGCGUGGUGGUGAGUUGGUGUCAGACAAACAACAUGCUGGCUGCGCAGGCGGAUCGUGUGAUGGUGUUGGGAGAAUGGGAGGAACGCUGGCAGGAAGACAAGAUCGGUUUCCAUAAGCCCAACAUAAACCCGAUGCUGGAAAGCAACAUCGACAAAGUUUUGGCAGGACGAAAAGAAGUUUGCUUCUUCUUUCCACUGUGUGGGAAAGCUUUAGAUAUGAAAUGGCUGUCUGACAUGGGACACUCAGUGGUCGGGGUGGAGAUAGCAGAAAAGGCCAUCAAACAGUUCUUUGAGGAGAGCAAUAUGACUUACAGUGAGGAGGAGGUCCCUGUCAUACCUGGAGCUAAGGUCUACAAGAGCUCAGAGGGGAACAUUUCCUUGUACCAGUGUGAUCUGUUCAACUUCUCCAGUUCAGUCGCAGGCCAGUUUGGAGGCAUCUGGGACCGAGGUUCGCUAGUUGCCAUCAACCCUGCAGACAGAGAGAAGUAUGCUGCUCUCAUCAUGUCUUUAAUGGCCAAAGAUUGUAGAUACCUCCUGGAUACUUUGAUCUACAAUCCAGAACUAUACAAAGGCCCUCCAUUUAUGGUGCCUAAUGAGCAGGUGCAAAGUCUAUUUGGAGCAAGCUGUGAUAUAGAGCUGCUGCAGUCUGUAGAUGCUCUGACAGACAGAUACAAAAGCUGGGGGCUAGACUCCCUCACUGAGACGGUCCACCUCAUCUCACCCAAGACAAAGUGAGGACUAACAAUGGUUUGAGUUAGCUUUGAUUUUCGGCCUGGCUGGAAUGGAGAUGUUGAUUUUAUGUGUACUUGUUGGGGGUUGUUGAUGCAGUUGUUGCAUAGCUUUGCACAACAUGAAAUUGGCAUGUCUGAAGGCUCAAUAAUCCCACUAAGUGUAAUGUCUGGAACGGAAUAAAGGUUUUAAACUGAGAACUUCUAAA